AUGGAUAGUCACGUAAUAAUUAACCAGCCGCCGCCACGGCCCGUCCCCGUAGUGGGCAAGCCUAGGCACAUUGCUCAAAAUCUCUACCGCAUCGCCCAAAGGGCGGGGCAGCAGACGUCGCCGUCUGUCUCGGCUACCACGAGUCCUCAGGGGAUCCGGAACCGGGUCAAGAUUGUAUGCAUCUCGGACACUCACAACUACAAGCCCGAACUGCCGCCGGGCGACGUCCUACUUCACGCCGGCGACCUAACGGACGGGGGCACCUACCGGGAGCUCCAGGCGCAGCUGGACUGGCUCAACACGUUGCCGCACAAACACAAGGUGGUGAUUGGCGGGAAUCACGACGGACUGCUGGACACCGAUUUCGUCGAGGCGCACCCGGAAAAGGAACAGGGCUCCCACGAUAAGGUCCCUGGCCGGACCAAGGCUGACCUUGAAUGGGGCGAUGUCGUAUAUCUCCAAAAUAGUGCGGCCACUCUCUCCGUCGAGGUUGGAACGGAAAAGGGGGACUCGGAAACUAGGGAUAUCAAAAUCUAUGGCAACCCAGGUACGAUACGCUGUGGGCCGUUUGGAUUCUCCAUCGAGCCUGAGCUAGCCGAAUACUACUGGGAGGACCGCAUUCCUUCAGACACGGAUAUCGUCCUGUGCCAUAGCCCGCCUCGCUACCACCUCGAUGCCGGCUACGGAUGCUCUUCUUUGCUGCAUGAGAUUUGGCGCGUCAAGCCUCCGCUGAUGGUCUGCGGUCAUGCGCACAUUGACCACGGCGAGGCCAUCAUGAAGUUUGACUCGGUUCAGUAUUGGUACGAGCGCGUCAUGUCCUCGGGGAGCUGGGCGUCACUCGCCAUGUUGGCGAUGCAUGUCUUCUUCUCAAGGGUGCGCGGGCUCUUUGCGUCUCGAGUCUCCUCCCUGUACAAUGAUCGCAAUGACCAGCUAGGUUACAUGGAUGCCCCCAUAUUACCAGUCACAACUCUCCGCCAACAAAGCCGCCAGCUCCUUCAAAUACUUGGCGUCCACCUCAUCAAACCCAUUCUGUACCGCACAGUCAAUGUCGAUGAUGGCCACAACUUUCGUAGCACCCUCGACACUGCUCUCUUUGUCAGCGGACACGACAAUGGGCACAACGAUUUCACUCUGGCUGUCGCUGUCGCAGGCAAUGUGCCCGGGAAAUUCGUGGACGUUGGGAACGAGCUGUGUCUCGCCCGUCUGGGCGGCGGUGCCGCAAACGCCCCGGCCAAAGGCGAUGGUUUGGCAGGCAAUCUUUCCCUGGAAUGGGCCGAGGAUAAGGGAUUGUCCUGA